AUGUUGCUUCAAAGGAGGCGGUGCAGUACGUGUUGCCACGGUUACUCCUCACGCCCCCUCUACCACUGUCUGCAUUACUUCGAGAUUCUGAAGCAACUGGAGGAGAAGAGCGAGGAUGAGGAGGAUAAAGAGUGUCUGAAGCAGGCCAUCACCGCCCUCCUGAACCUGCAGAGCAGCAUGGAGAGAAUCUGCUCCAAGAGCCUCGCCAAGAGACGCCUCAGCGAGUCGGCGUGCCGCUUCUACAGUCAGCAGAUGAAGGGCAAACAUCUGGCCAUCAAGAAGAUGAAUGAGAUCCAGAGGAACAUCGACGGCUGGGAGGGCAAAGACAUCGGCCAGUGCUGCAACGAGUUCAUCAUGGAGGGGACGCUCACACGGGUCGGAGCCAAACACGAGCGCCACAUCUUCCUGUUCGACGGCCUGAUGAUCUGCUGCAAGUCCAACCACGGCCAGCCGCGUCUGCCCGGAGCCAGCGCCGCCGAGUACCGGCUCAAGGAGAAGUUCUUCAUGAGGAAGGUCCAGAUCAACGACAAGGACGACAAGGAGGGCGAGUACCGGCACGCCUUCGAGAUCAUCCUGAAGGAUGGGAACAGCGUGGUGUUCGCUGCUAAAUCAGCGGAGGAGAAGAACGGCUGGAUGUCGGCGCUGAUCUCGCUGCAGUACCGCUCCACGCUGGAGCGCAUGCUGGACACGGCCAUGAUGCAGGAGGAGAAGGAGGAGCAGAUGAGGCUCCCCGGGGCCGAGGUGUACCGCUUCGCUCAGCCCGACUCCGAGGAGAACGUGGUGUUCGAGGAGAACGUCCAGUCCAAAUCCGGCAUUCCCAUCAUCAAAGCCGGAACGGUGCUGAAGCUCAUCGAGCGGCUGACCUUCCACAUGUACGCCGAUCCUAACUUCGUCAGGACGUUCCUGACCACGUACCGGUCGUUCUGUAAACCUCAGGAGCUGCUGGGUCUGCUCAUGGAGAGGUUUGAGAUUCCUGAACCUAAACCCACGGAAGCGGAUCAGAUGGCCAUCGAGAACGGAGACCAGCCGCAGAGCGCAGAACUCAAACGCUUCCGCAAAGAGUUCGUCCAGCCGGUGCAGCUCAGGGUGUUGAAUGUGUGCAGGCACUGGGUGGAGCAUCACUUCUAUGACUUCGAGAGAGACGCUCAGCUGCUGCGGAGACUGGAGGAGUUCAUCGGCACGGUCAGAGGUAAGGCCAUGAAGAAGUGGGUGGAGUCUAUCACGAAGAUCAUCCAGAGGAAGAAACAGGCUCAAGCCAACGGCCCCAGUCACAACAUCACGUUCGAGAGCUUGCCGCCUCCCAUCGAGUGGCACCUGUGUAAAGCAGGACAGAUGGAUCAGUUUGACCUCAUGACCCUUCACCCCAUCGAGAUCGCCCGACAGCUCACACUGCUGGAAUCAGACUUCUACAGGGCGGUUCAGCCGUCGGAGCUGGUGGGCAGUGUUUGGACUAAAGAAGACAAGGAGAUCAACUCCCCGAACCUGCUGCGAAUGAUCCGCCACACCACCAACCUCACGCUGUGGUUCGAGAAGUGCAUCGUAGAAACGGAGAACGUGGAGGAGCGUGUGGCUGUCGUAUCACGCAUCAUCGAGAUCCUGCAGGUCUUUCAGGAGCUCAAUAACUUCAACGGCGUUCUGGAGGUGGUGAGCGCCAUGAACUCAUCGCCCGUCUACAGACUCGACCACACCUUCGAGCAAAUCCCCAGCAGACAGAGGAAGACUCUGGAGGAAGCUCAUGAACUCAGUGAAGAUCAUUAUAAGAAAUAUCUGGCUAAGCUCAGGUCCAUCAACCCGCCCUGUGUGCCCUUCUUUGGGAUUUAUUUAACAAAUAUUCUGAAAACUGAGGAGGGAAAUCCAGACUUCCUGAAGAGACACGGCAAAGAGCUGAUCAACUUCAGCAAACGGCGGAAAGUGGCAGAAAUAACGGGAGAAAUCCAGCAGUACCAGAACCAGCCGUACUGCCUCCGUGUGGAGAACGACAUACAGAAGUUCUUUGAGAACCUGAACCCGAUGGAGGACAUGACGGAGAAGGAGUUCGCCGACUAUCUGUUCAACAAAUCUCUGGAGAUCGAGCCGCGUAACGCUCGCACACUGCCUCGAUUCGUAAGUGUGUCUCACGCUGCACACACACGUACGGUUACACAACACACACACACACACACACCGAGCCUCCUGAUCUCUGUGCUAAACCCUCCAGUGCUUAGAGAGCUGAACCAGAAUAAGCACGAGGUCACUUGUGUAACAGAGAAAGAGCCCAGAACAUGACUCUGGUGGAACCCU